UGUUGUUCAAUUCAAGUAUUACAAACCAAAAGCAUGGCACUUCUUAACCCUAAUGUUACUCAUCUUCUUCCUCUUCUUCUCAUCACUCUAUUUCUCUUCACCUGCAAUGGUGAGGAUGACAGUCUGGGCUACUUGUGCAAUGAAGAUACAAGUACCAACGCCAAAAUAUCCGCCAAUAUCGACGCCGUACUCCCUAAACUUGUGUCAAAAGCCUCCUCAUUAGGUCAUUUUGUAGCCACCUCAGGCGGAGGCAGAGACAAAGUGUACGGCUUAGCACAAUGCAGGGGUGACAUAAGCAAGGCCGAUUGCUCUGGCUGCCUCCAUAAAGCAGCAGAACUUAUCCGUCAAGCCUGUCGAGACCAACCCGAUUCGAGAAUUUGGCGCGACCACUGCUUUUUAAGGUAUAACAUCGAGAAUUUCAUCGGAAAAAUCGACACUUCGUUCGGGUAUUUAUACGUAAACGUCAAAAAUGUUACGUAUCAGCCUAAUAAUUUCAACAAAGCUGUGAGCUCUUUGAUGAAUAAGGUAAAAUCGGAAGCCGUUGUUCCGAAAAACAAAGGGAUUUCGAAAGGUUUAACGAAAUUUUCGUCUUCGGUUACGGUUUACGGGUUGGUUCAAUGCACUGGGGACAUUGGUUCGGCAAGCUGUGGUAAAUGUGUGAACAAAGCUCUUUCAAAUAUCUCAAAAUACUGCACUAAUAGGAAGGGAUGCAAUCUUAUGUAUAGCAAUUGUUUUGUUCGGUAUGAAGUGUAUCCAUUUUACUUUCCUGAGGCUACCAAUUCUACAGCCCCAGUUGGUGCUACUUUUCUUAUAAUGCUUGAGGAUUAAUUACUAGAUUCUCAAGCACUAUAUGUAUCUGAAACCUAUGAGUUUCUCUAAGAAAUAAAGUUGAACUAUUAUUAUCA